AUGUCCGGCCUCUGCCAGCAGCAACAACAGCAACAAGAGCUGUGGCUGAGCCUUUUGGGCGCUGGAUUGCCGUUGGCAUUCCAGAAUAUCCCCUCGUUCCCCACACCCUCAUCCGAACGGGCCGCCUCCGAUUCGACGGCUUCUGAUGCCGGCGCCGAGUCGCCCGACACCGCCCAGGGAACCCCAACGGCCACCCCGACCACUGAUGACACCGGCCCACCACCCGCAAAACGGAGGAGAAAACCGGAAGCCAAGGACAUUGUACGCCUUCAAGACGACGUCAUCCCGCAGCUGACCCCGGUGCAGGAGGGAGUAGGAUCCGUGGAAGAGGCCGUCGAGGUCGAGCAGACCACACCGGAGAAGGGCGACAUUUUGGGCGAGUUGGAGCGAAGCCCCUCACCGGCCCAAACCCCGACGAGCCGUUCCGAUUCCCCGACGCACCCAUCGACACCCUCCGCGCGCGGAAUGGAGCUGCCUGCCGGAGUCUUGCCGACCUUCUCCCCUCCACCCGCCAACCUGUCCCCAUCAGCCAUCCCGAAUUGGACCCGAAAUCGAGGCUCCGACGCGAAUAAACUGUCGUGUCCGACACCCGGGUGCGAUGGGAGUGGCCAUCAGACGGGACUGUACACCCACCACCGAUCGUUGUCUGGAUGCCCGCGUCGCCCGGACAAGAAUACCAUACAGCUACUCGCCCUCGGCCAAGACACCGUACUCCGUUGCCAGACGCCCGGCUGUACAGGAAAGGGACAUGUCAAUAGCAAUCGAACAUAUGCAAUCCCCCAGCGGUCCCGUAAAAUCGGCGCAAAAAGCGGUAGACACGCCGCUGUCAAUGGUCACGCCUCAGAUACCUAAUCUCCCGCAGUUCAACUCCGACCCCGAGAGCCCGCUGGACUUGACGCUCAGGAACUUGGAGCAGCUCCAGAAAUCGAUGCAACCGCCCGAGCCUCAGCCACAAUUGCAUAGCAGCAUAUUCCUCGACAUACUGCAACAAUUCCAAAUGGGCCGUCUUCCCCCAUUCCUGCCAACCCAGCCCGCAUUCCCACCGGGACUCCUCGGAAACCCAUUCCUCCAGCUCGGCAUGAUGCCAAAUUUUGAGGCACCCCGACUCGCAGCCCCCAAGCAAAUCUCGCCGAUCAGCCCUGCCCCUGCAGUGGCUGAACAGACCGUCAAGGAAGAGCCAACCGAACAGCCCCAAGAAGCCCCCAUCGACGUCGACGAGGAAAAGCCCUCGUCCGCCGAGCCGACCCAACCAAGGCCCGAGCCCCAAGCACAAUCCCCCGCUGAGCAGGAGAAGCUGCCCGAGCUUCCGCCCCUGUUUGCCGGCCGCAUGUUUGGCAGCCCUCUUCAACUCGCCCAGCUGUUGGCACAAUUCCAGCAAGCGCAACCCAUG